AUGCGACGCCGCGUGCACUCGUCCGGAGGAAAGUGCACAAAAUGUCCAGAAGAAUGUGAUGGAACGUUCCGCUAUCUGACAUCAUCUUGUGUUUCUGGAUGUCAUGACCAAUACUAUGGGACCAACUGCAAGGAUUGUUCACCCAGAUGUCGACAUUGUAACAGGAUAACAGGCAGAUGUGAUGUGUGUCAUGAUCCUUAUCAUGGCCUGGACUGUGAAUACUCAUGUGAACAUUGUAUAACAACUGAUUGUAUACAGACAUGCGCACCUGGAUUGCAUGGAAGUACGUGUUCCAAAAGAUGCAGCCUAAACUGUCUAGUUUACCCUGCAAGCAACAACACUUUGACAAGUAACAGCUCCAACUCGUGUAUUUCUGAAUGUCAAAGAUACAGUGGAGAGUGUAUCAACGGUUGUGUAGAUGGCUGGUCUGGUCCACACUGUUCCUCGCAGGUUCAGUGUAACUCAAACUGUUUGGGUUGUAAUGAAACAGGUGUUUGUGUUGAAGGAUGCUCACCUGGCUACUUUGGAGAAGACUGCAAGCCUUGUUCUAAGACCUGUUACAAUCACACGUGUCACCCAGAGAGCGGGUCUUGUGUCAGUGGUUGUAUCCGGGGACAGUAUGGACAGUUCUGUCAACUAUCCUGUACAGACUGUCCGGGAGGUGCCUGUGAUGCUAGUACUGGGAAAUGCGCUGAAGACCAGAAUGCCAUAGGCGGUGCUACAAUUGGAACGUCAACUGCGUUGGUGCUUUUGGUCUUUGGAAUCAUUGUAACAGUUGGAUAUUUUCACUGCAAAAGAGUCGUAGCAAACAGAGAAGAAACAGCCCAGUUGCCGGCCAUGCAUCCACAGUGUGGUACAAACAGACGGGGCAACUCAUCUUCGAGGUUCCGACAGUCGGAACACAUCUACAGUGAAGUCAAGGAAGACGAGAUGGGAUCAGUCAUAGUUUUUCUCUAAAUUUAUUGACAUAGCAAACAUCAAACACAGCGUUAUAUCUGAGUCAAAUACUCAUACUUGUAAUCCUUUUCAGCUUUCAGUCAUAUGACUCAAACAGAACGUUAGGGAAUAGUUCUUGUAACAUUUCUAUUGAAUGUUUAAC